AUGAAGUUCUUCACCGGUCUCACCCUCCUCGCCUCCCUCGUGAGCGCUAGCCCUCUCGACAUCUUUAGCAGGGCCGAAACGAAGGACGAACCGCUCCAGGCCAAGCUUAUCCGCGGCGCCGGCAACACGCUGGUCAAGAUCGCCCUGACCAACUCGGGCAAAUCGGCCAUCAAGUGCUUCGUUCCCGGUACCAUCUUGGACAAGGCCGCCGUUGAAAAGGUGUCCGUUUACGCCAACAACACCCAACUGCCCUUUGACGGUGUGCGGCUGCGUAUUGCCCCGCAGAACCUCCAGACGGAUGCCUCCUUCCAGACGAUCCGGCGCGGCCAGACCGUUGAGAUCAAGUUCGACUUUGGAGAGAUGCACGACCUCGGCGACGCUGGCGUCCUGCAGCUCGCGGUCAGCGGCGGCAUCCCCUACGCCAAGGAGGGCACGACCGAGAUCAUCGGCUCCAUCCCCAUCAACAGCAACACGCUCACGGUCAAGGACGUUGACGCCAAGAAGGCGGCCCUCACCCGCAUGGCCUUCCACCAGUCCAUCAAGCGCACCCUCGUCCAGGCCGACUGCAAGGGUGACCAGAACAAGACGGUCAACACAGCGCUCAUCACCUGCGCGAGGCUCGCCCGCCAAGCGGCCAACGCCACCAAGGACGACGCGAGGAUGAAGGAGUACUUCAAGGAUGCCUCGCAGGCCGUUAAGACCAACGUCACCGACGUCUUCAAUAAGGUCGCGAAAGAGUGCAACAGCCGCAGCCGGGGCGUCUCCAUGCAGUACUGCAGCGACAUGUACAAGUCGUGCUCGCCCGGCGUCCUGGCCUACACGGUCCCCGCGCUUAACUACAUGGUCAACUGCCCUCUCUACUUCACCGCGCUACCGCCUCUCUCCACCAACUGCCACGCACAGGAUCAGGCCAGCACAACCCUUCACGAGAUGACCCACCUGAUCCAGAUGAAGGGAACUCUCGACUACGGAGUCUACGGCUACGAUGCGAUGAAGACGCUCGUCGCAGCCCAGAACCAGAACCACGCAGAUACUUACUGCCUAUUCGCCAAUGCCGUCAACGUUGGCAAGACCUGCUAG